AUGGUAGAGCUUGGUUCCCUGUCGGUCGUGUUACCUGUACUCGGUGUGGUCAUUUGCGCCCUUCUUGUGUUCGCCUUUGGUUUCAGAACCCCAGCUACACCUCCAAGUUUCCACUCAGGACGAGUUGACACCAAGAAAACCACACAGAAAAAAAACAAAAAGCAAAAGCCCCACCAGCAACAGCAGCCUCCUCCUCCUCUUUCUUCCCAAAAGCAAUCUAAGGGUAAAACCUCUGCUGCCACCAAUGGUCACGCAGUAAGCGUGACACAGGGUCGGCCAGCUGAGGAGACCAAAGCUGCUCCUCCUCCUCCUGUAAAGUCCACUACAGUAAAGCAACAGAAGAGCUCUAAGAGUCAAUCCAGUAAAGAGAAUCAGCAAGCAACUCCUGACAACCAGAAAACUAACAACAAAAAAACCAAAAAACAAGCCACUCCUCCAGCAGUGAGCACAAAAAAGGAGCAACCGGUUAAAGAGAAGAAAAUAAAAGUGACUGAAGAUGAAGGUUGGACCACCCAACGUUCACGUAAAGAGAAGAAACCAAAAGGCAAGAAAGAAGAAGAAGAAAUAAUAGUUGCAAGCUCAAAUGAAAAGCUUGCCCAACCUAUUAAUGCUGCUACUUUGAAGGAGAAGCAGUCAGGUGUCCUUGUUGCAGAGAAAUCAGCAAAGAAAGAGAAGUCACCUUCUGCAGAAAAACCUUCCAAAAAGGAGAAAACUGUUCCUGCUGAUAAACCAGCUAAGGAGAAAUCUCCAACAAAUAAACCCUCCAAGAAAGAGAAUGAAGCUCCUUCAACAGAAAAGACAUCCAAGAAAGAAAAAGCUAAAAAAAAUUCUGAGAUGGUCCCGUUUGACAGAAUGAGGCACUCACCUUCUCCCAAAUUGAAGUCCGACAUGCCAUAUCCAGAUGCCCUUUCUCUUUCGUCCUUUCUCUUUCGUCCUUUCUCUUUCGUCCUUUCUCUUUCGUCCUUUCUCUUUCGUCCUUUCUCUUUCGUCCUUUCUCUUUCGUCCUUUCUCUUUAGUCCUUUCUCUUUUCGUCCUUUCUCUUUAAGUCCUUUCUCUUUAGUCCUUUCUCUUUCGUCCUUUCUCUUUCGUCCUUUCUCUUUCGUCCUUUUCUCUUUUCGUCCUUUCUCUUUCGUCCUUUCUCUUUCGUCCUUUCUCUUUUCCCUUUCUCUUUCGUCCUUUCUCUUUCGUCCUUUCUCUUUCGUCCUUUCUCUUUUCGUCCUUUCUCUUUCGUCCUUUCUCUUUCGUCCUUUCUCUUUCGUCCUUUCUCUUUCGUCCUUUCUCUUUCGUCCUUUCUCUUUCGUCCUUUCUCUUUCGUCCUUUCUCUUUCGUCCUUUCUCUUUCGUCCUUUCUCUUUCGUCCUUUCUCUUUCGUCCUUUCUCUUUUCGUCCUUUCUCUUUAGGUCCUUUCUCUUUCGUCCUUUCUCUUUCGUCCUUUCUCUUUAGUCCUUUCUCUUUCGUCCUUUCUCUUUUCGUCCUUUCUCUUUCGUCCUUUCUCUUUAGUCCUUUCUCUUUUCGUCCUUUCUCUUUCGUCCUUUCUCUUUUCGUCCUUUCUCUUUCGUCCUUUCUCUUUCGUCCUUUCUCUUUUCGUCCUUUCUCUUUUCGUCCUUUCUCUUUUCGUCCUUUCUCUUUCGUCCUUUCUCUUUCGUCCUUUCUCUUUCGUCCUUUCUCUUUCGUCCUUUCUCUUUCGUCCUUUCUCUUUCGUCCUUUCUCUUUCGUCCAGGCAAGUCUCCAACCCAAGACUGCCAAUAAAAAUCCUUCCCCUGCCAAGGAAACAGAAUCAGAACCAAAGAAGUCAAAAAGCAAAUCACCACCAGCACAACAACAGUCUGUCAAAGAGACACCAAUUUCAUCUAAACAAGAGACAACUCAUUCAAAGAAAAAGUCACCACCCAGAACAAAAACCCCCUUAGGGGAAAUUGUUGAACAGGAUUUUGUACUCGUCUCUUAUGUUGAAGACACUGUUGACAACGGGAACCAGGAAAGCAGCCCAGCUCGUAAAAAGAAAAAUAAAAAGAAUAAAUCUUCUCAGGGUGGCCAGCAACAGGGGUUGGGAGACAGCCAAAAUAAUCAACCAAAGGAAGAGAAAAAAAGCACAGCUAAAGAGGAAAAAAAAUCUGGUCAACCUCUGAACCAGCAGCAGUCACAACAGGAGAAUAAGUCAAAAAAGAAGAAUAUAGCAGAAUCAGCAGAAAAACCAUCAGCAACGAAAGAGGCAAAUACAGACGCAACUAAAAGUCCAAAAAAAAAGAAAAAUAAGCAGUCUACUCCUGAAAAGGUAGUGAAUGAAAAUGCUCAACCACCUUCAACCACUGAGAAAAGUAAAAAAGAACCAGCGGUAAAAACUGCAGAGGCUCCAACCAAAGUAGCAAAGGACCCAAAAUCUAAAAGUCAAAGUCCUCCUCCAUCAGCUCCAAUUCCUGCCAAACCAGAACACAAUUCUAACAUCUGGACAGAAGCUAAGCCAAAAAGUAAAAAGAAGAAAGCCCGCCGAGAAAAUUGA